AAGACUUCCGGUGGUGUGUCAUGGCGGUGGCAUGGUGAAGCCUACAGAAAGGGAAAAAUACUCGCCCCUUUCGUCCUUUACCAUCGAUUCAGGACACAUUUUAAUACAUAAAUAAGCCUGUCAGCUCCGGCCCUAUACCUUGGAUUUAUCACCAGAACGUUGCGGUGUCCACCCGCCCGGCCAUGGCGGCUCACAAACCAGUGGAGUGGGUCCAGGCCGUGAUUACUAGAUUUGAUGAGCAGCUUCCCAUUAAAGUUGGACACCAGAACACCCACACCAAAGUCAGCACAGAGCACAACAAGGAAUGUCUAAUCAACAUCUCCAAGUACAAGUUCUCCCUCGUCAUCAGUGGCCUCACCACCAUCCUCAAAAAUGUCAACAACAUGCGGAUAUUUGGAGAUGCUUCUGAGAAGAAUCUCUACCUCUCCCAGCUCAUUAUCCUGGACACCCUGGAGAAGUGUCUGGCUGGGCAAUCCAAGGACUGCUUACGUCUGGAUGAGACCAUGCUGGUCAAACAGCUGCUUCCAGAGAUCUGCCAUUUCAUCCAUACAUACCGUGAGGGUCACCAGCACGCCGCUGAGCUCAGGGCCUCAGCUUCAGCCGUCCUUUUCUCUCUGAGCUGCAACAACUUCAACGCCGUCUUUAGCCGCAUCUCCACCAGGCUACAGGAGCUGACGGUAUGCUCUGAGGACAAUGUGGAUGUUCAUGACAUAGAGCUGAUGCAAUACAUCAAUGUGGACUGCUCCAAGCUGAAGAGGCUGUUACAAGAAACUGUGUUGAAGUUUAGAGCUCUCAAGAAGCCUGCCCAGCUAGCAGUCAUCAACAGUUUAGAGAAGGCGUUUUGGAACUGGGUGGAGAAUUACCCAGAUGAGUUCACCAUGCUUUACCAGCGACCACAGGCAGAUAUGGCAGAAGCUGCAGAGAAGUUGUUUGACCUGGUGGACAGCUUUGCGGAGAGUGCUAAGAGGAAGGCAGCUGUGUGGCCUCUGCAAAUCAUCCUCCUCAUCCUCUGUCCAGAGAUCACACACACCAUCUCCAAAGACACCGUGGAAGACAGCAAGGCCAACAAGAAACUGUUUCUGGACAGUUUGCGGAAAGCUUUAGCAGGCCAGGGUGGCAGCAAGCAGCUGAUGGAGAGUGCUGCUAUUGCCUGCGUCAAACUGUGUAAAGCCUCCACAUACAUCAAUUGGGAGGAUCACUCAACCAUUUUCCUCCUGGUCCAGUCCAUCGUCAUGGAUCUCAAGGCUCUGCUGUUCAACCCAGCCAAACCCUUCUGGAGGGGGACAGGCAGCCAGAAUGCUGACGUUGAGCUCAUGAUGGACUGCUUCGUCUCCUGUUUCCGCAUCAAUCCUCACAACAACCAGCACUUUAAGGUCUGUUUGGCUGCCUCCUCCCCUUCAACCUUUCACUUUGUCCUGGUCAACUCUUUGCACAGAAUUAUCACCAAUUCCCAUCUGGACUGGUGGCCUAAAAUCGAUGCAGUGUACUGCUACUCUGGAGACCUCCGCUUUAUGUUCUCAGACACCCUCAACCGCGUGAUCCAAGGUGUCGGCACCCAUGCUCCACUACGCAUGACACCGAGUCUGACAUUCAAAGGGAAGAUGACCACCAGCCUUAAAUUCAAAGAGAAAGCCACAGAACUGGACACUCGAAGUUUCAAGUGUCUCCUUCUUGCUCUGGUCAAACUCAUCCAUGCUGACCCUAAACUCAUGUUGCAUAACCCAGUGAAGCAAGCUCCAGAGAUGCAGAGCAGUACAGCAGAGCUCAUCACCGGCCUGGUGCAGCUAGUGCCUCUAACUAACACCACCCAGCUCUCACAAGAGGCCAUGGAGGCACUGUUAGUUCUUCACCAGCCAGAGACCAUCGAGCUGUGGAAUCCCGAUGCCCCCAUAGAGACAUUUUGGGAUAUCAGUUCACAGGUGCUCUUCCUUAUAUGCCGCAAACUGAUUGGUCAGCAAAUGAUUAAUGGGACAGAAGUUCUCAAAUGGCUGAGGGAGAUCCUCAUCUGCAGGAACAAGUUUCUUCUCAAGAACAAGGAGUUUGCCACAAUGGGUGGUGGUAUCCCCAUCUGCCGGCAAGCGCAGACAAAGCUAGAAGUUUGUCUCUACAUGUUCCUGUGGAGUCCAGACACCGAGGCAGUGCUGGUGGCCAUGUCGUGUUUUCGCCACCUCUGUGAGGAGGCUGACAUCCGCAGCACUGCUGACGAGGUGCCAGUCCAGAACAUCCUACCAAACUACGCCACCUUCAGUGAACUGGCCUCCGUCAGCAACAUGAUGGCAACAGGCCGGUCCACCUUGCAGAAGAGGGUGAUGGCCUUGCUAAGGAGGAUAGAGCACCCUACACCAGGAAACAUUGAGGCUUGGGAGGACACAUAUGCUAAAUGGGACCAGGUCACCAAACAGAUUCUCAACUUCCCCAAAAACAAAGCAGAUGAUGGGCAGCAGGAGUGGAUCAACAUGACAGGCUUCCUGUGUGCUCUGGGUGGUGUUUGUCUCCAGCAGCGCAGCACCCCCUGCUUAGCGACCUACAGCCCACCUAUGGGCCCCAUGAGCGAGCGCAAACACUCCAUGAUCUCCAUGGGCCCCUGUGAUGUGUCCAACCCUGUGGCCUCAGCAUCCUCCUGCUCCUCAUCAGCCUCCAGCGAGACACCCGUCAGCCGCUUCCUGGACCGGCUGCUGGCCCUGCUGGUGUGUGGUCACGACAGGGUCGGCCUCCAUGUUCGCACAAAUGUGAAAGACCUGCUGGGGCUGGAGCUCAGCCCCGCCCUAUACCCAAUGCUCUUUAACAAGCUGAGGAACAGCAUUGGCAAGUUCUUUGACACCCAGGGACCGGUUCCUAUUAAUGACAAUAACACCCAGUUUGUGGAGCAGACCAUAGCCAUCAUGAAGAAUCUGUUAGAUAACCACACAGAGGGCAGCUCUGAGCACCUGGGACAGGCCAGCAUUGAGACCAUGAUGCUCAACUUGGUCAGGUAUGUGCGCAUCCUGGGAAACGUGGUUCAUGCAAUCCAGAUCAAAACCAAGCUGUGCCAGCUGGUGGAGGUGAUGAUGGAGAGACGAGAUGACCUGUCCUUCUGCCAGGAGAUGAAGUUUAGGAACAAGAUGGUGGAGUACCUGACCGACUGGGUGAUGGGCACCUCUAACCAAGCUGCUGAUGAUGACAUCAAGUGUCUGACAAGGGACCUGGACCAGGCCAGUAUGGAGGCAGUAGUGUCUCUGUUAGCUGGUCUUCCUCUUCAGCCAGAGGAGGGAGACGGCGUAGAAUUGAUGGAGGCCAAAUCUCAGCUCUUCCUUAAGUACUUCACCCUGUUCAUGAACCUGCUAAAUGACUGCAGUGAGGUGGAGGAUGAGGGCCAGGCAGUGGGAGGACGAAAGAGAGGAAUGUCCCGUCGCCUGGCCUCCCUCCGCCACUGCACUGUCCUGGCUAUGUCCAACCUCCUCAACGCUAACGUAGACAGUGGCCUCAUGCACUCUAUUGGUCUGGGCUACCACAAGGACCUGCAGACUCGAGCCACUUUCAUGGAAGUGCUGACCAAGAUCCUGCAGCAGGGAACAGAGUUUGACACUCUGGCAGAGACGGUUCUGGCUGACCGAUUUGAGAGGCUAGUGGAGCUGGUCACUAUGAUGGGAGACCAGGGAGAACUGCCCAUCGCCAUGGCACUGGCUAAUGUGGUUCCUGGGUCCCAGUGGGAUGAACUAGCCCGAGUCCUGGUGACGCUAUUUGACUCCCGCCACCUCCUCUACCAGCUCCUGUGGAACAUGUUCUCUAAAGAGGUGGAGCUGGCUGACUCCAUGCAGACUCUCUUCAGAGGAAACAGCCUGGCCAGCAAAAUAAUGACCUUCUGUUUCAAGGUAUAUGGGGCAGCAUACCUGCAGAAGCUACUGGAGCCUUUAUUAAGAGGGGUCAUCACCACCCCUGAACACAUCAGCUUUGAGGUGGAUCCCACCAGGCUGGAACAAGGUGAGAACCUGGAGGACAACCAGAGGAACCUCCUGCAGAUCACCGAGCGGUUCUUCCAGGCCAUCAUCGGUUCAUCCAGCGAGUUCCCCCCACAGCUCCGCAGUGUCUGCCACUGCCUUUACCAGGCUACUUGCCACUCUCUACUGAAUAAAGCAACAGUAAAAGAAAAAAAGGAAAACAAAAAAGCAGUGGUGAGUCAGCGUUUCCCACAGAACAGCAUUGGUGCGGUAGGCAGCGCCAUGUUUCUGCGCUUUGUCAACCCAGCAAUUGUGUCUCCCUAUGAGGCCGGCAUCCUGGACAAGAAGCCCCUACCCAGGAUAGAACGGGGUCUCAAACUCAUGUCCAAGAUUCUGCAGAGCAUUGCAAACCAUGUCUUGUUUACAAAAGAAGAACACAUGAGGCCAUUUAAUGACUUUGUUAAGAGCAACUUUGAUUCAGCCAGAAGGUUUUUCUUGGACAUAGCAUCUGACUCCCCACCCAGCGACUCAGUCAACCACAGUCUGUCCUUUAUCAGUGAUGGUAAUGUGCUAGCCCUCCAUCGCCUGCUGUGGAACAACCAGGAGAGGAUUGGCCAGUAUCUCUCCAGUAACAGGGACCACAAGGCUGUAGGCAGGCGACCUUUUGACAAGAUGUCCACCCUGCUGGCCUACCUGGGACCUCCUGAACACAAACCUGUGGCUGACACUCACUGGUCCAGUCUAAACCUGACCAGCUCCAAAUUUGAGGAGUUCAUGACCAGGCACCAGGUCCAUGAGAAGGAGGAGUUCAAAGCCUUAAAGACCCUCAACAUCUUCUACCAAGCAGGAACCUCCAAGACCGGCAAUCCAGUGUUCUACUACGUGGCCCGCAGGUUCAAAACAGGCCAGAUCAAUGGUGACCUGCUCAUCUACCAUGUCCUCCUCACUCUCAAACCCUACUAUGCUAAGCCCUACGAGAUAGUAGUAGACUUAACACAUGUAGGACCUAGCAACCGCUUCAAGACAGACUUCCUGUCCAAGUGGUUUGUGGUGUUUCCUGGCUUUGCCUAUGAGAAUGUAGCAGCUGUCUAUGUCUACAACUGCAACACCUGGGUGAGGGAGUACACAAAGUACCAUGAACGGCUACUGACAGGCCUGAAGGGCAGCAAGCGACUCCAGUUCAUUGACUCUCCGGCUAAGCUGGCCGAGCACAUCGAACCCGAGCAACAGAAAUUACCUGCAGCCACGCUGACCCUGGAGGAAGACCUUAAAGUGUUCCAUAAUGCCCUCAAGCUGGCCCAUAAAGACACCAAGGUCUCCAUAAAGGUGGGCUCGACAGCAGUUCAGGUGACUUCAGCCGAGCGGACCCGUGUCCUCGGCCAGCCUGUCUUCCUCAACGACGUCUACUAUGCCUCAGAGAUUGAGGAGAUUUGCCUGGUGGAUGAGAGCCAGUUCACCCUCACCAUGGCCAACCAGGGCACACCACUCACAUUUAUGCACCAGGAGUGUGACACCAUUGUCCAGUCCAUUAUCCAUAUACGGACACGCUGGGAGCUGUCGCAGCCUGACUCCAUCCCACAACACACCAAGAUUCGACCAAAAGAUGUACCUGGCACUCUGCUCAACAUCGCCCUGCUGAACCUGGGCAGUUCUGACCCCAGCCUCAGGUCUGCAGCUUACAACCUAUUGUGUGCUUUGACCUGCACCUUUAACCUGAAGAUAGAGGGCCAGCUGCUGGAGACAUCAGGCCUUUGCAUCCCAGCAAACAAUACCCUCUUCAUAGUCUCCAUUAGCAAGACUCUGGCUGCCAAUGAGCCACAUCUCACACUGGAGUUUCUGGAGGAGUGCAUCUCAGGCUUCAGCAAAUCCAGUAUUGAGCUAAAGCAUCUCUGUCUGGAGUACAUGACACCCUGGUUGCUCAACCUAGUUCGCUUCUGUAAGCACAACGAUGACGCCAAACGCCAGCGUGUCACCGCCAUUUUGGACAAACUCAUUACCAUGACGAUCAAUGAAAAGCAGAUGUAUCCCUCUAUCCAGGCCAAGAUCUGGGGCAGCCUGGGCCAGAUAACAGACCUGCUGGAUGUUGUGUUGGACAGCUUUAUUAAGACCAGUGCCACGGGAGGCCUGGGCUCCAUCAAAGCAGAGGUCAUGGCUGAUACUGCAGUGGCUCUGGCUUCAGGGAAUGUCAAACUGGUCUCCAGCAAGGUUAUUGGUCGGAUGUGUAAGAUAAUAGACAAGACGUGCCUGUCGCCAACGCCCACAUUGGAGCAGCACCUGAUGUGGGACGACAUAGCCAUUUUGGCCCGCUACAUGCUCAUGCUGUCCUUCAACAAUUCCCUGGAUGUUGCAGCCCACCUGCCAUACCUGUUCCACGUGGUGACCCUGCUGGUAGCCACUGGGCCGCUGUCCCUUAGGGCCUCCACCCACGGUUUAGUUAUCAACAUCAUCCACUCCCUCUGCACCUGCUCGCAGCUCAACUUCAGUGAGGAGACAAAGCAGGUACUGAGGCUAAGCCUGACUGAGUUCUCCCUGCCCAAGUUCUACCUGCUGUUUGGCAUCAGCAAAGUCAAGUCAGCCGCGGUCAUCGCCUUCCGCUCCAGCUACAGAGACCGCUCCUUCUCACCAGGCUCCUAUGAGAGGGAGACAUUUGCCCUGUCUUCCUUGGAGACCGUCACUGAGGCCUUACUGGAGAUCAUGGAGGCUUGUAUGAGGGACAUCCCAGCCUGCAAGUGGUUAGACCAGUGGACAGAGCUCGCACAGAAGUUUGCAUUCCAGUACAACCCAUCUCUCCAGCCGAGAGCACUGGUUGUGUUUGGCUGCAUCAGUAAGAGGGUGAGCCACAGCCAGAUCAAACAGAUCAUCCGAAUUCUCAGCAAGGCCAGCCCUCUGCUCAGCAUAGACCGGGGACUGGAGAGCUGUCUGAAAGGGCCGGACAAUUACAACAGUCAAGUAUUAAUAGAGGCCACAGUCAUUGCUCUGACUAAGCUGCAACCUCUACUCAGCAAGGAGUCUCCAAUGCACAAAGCUCUGUUCUGGGUGGCAGUAGCUGUGCUGCAGCUGGAUGAAGUCAACCUGUACUCUGCUGGAACAGCCCUGCUUGAGCAGAACCUCCACACUCUGGACACAAUGCGCGUCUUCUACGACAAGAGUCCAGAAGAAGUGUUCAUGGAGAUCAGGCGUCCUUUAGAAUGGCACUGUAAGCAGAUGGAUCACUUUGUUGGCCUCAACUUUAGUGCUAACUUCAACUUUGCACUGGUGGGCCACCUACUCAAAGGCUACAGACACCCAUCACCCACUACAGUAGCAAGGACCGUAAGAAUCCUGCACACACUGUUGGCUCUUAUCAGCAAGCAUCUGAAAUGUGACAAGUUUGAGGUCAACACCCAGAGUGUGGCGUAUCUGGCUGCACUGCUCACUGUAUCUGAGGAGGUCCGAAGUCGCUGCAGCCUCAAACACAGGAAGUCACUCCUGAUUUCUGACCUCUCCAUGGACCCUGUACCCAUGGACACAUAUUCCAGUCACAUCACUGAUCCCAGCUGCAGAACUCUGCGAGAGACUCAGCCGUGGGCGUCACCUCAGGUUUCAGAGCGCUACCUUUCAGCCCAUCACUACCCCACAGUGGGCCAGAUCAGCCCACGAACUCGCAAGUCCAUGAGCCUAGACAUGGGUCAGCCCUCACAGGCCAACACCAAGAAGCUCUUGGGCACCAGGAAGAGCUUUGAUCAUCUCAUAUCGGACUCUAAAGCACCAAAGAGACCAGAGAUUGAGUCGGGUAUGACCACCCCUCCCAAGAUGAGGCGUGUAGCAGAGAAUGACUAUGAGAUAGAGACACAAAGAAUUGGAAACUCUCACCUUCGCAAGGUGUCUGUAUCAGAGUCCAACGUUUUGCUUGAUGAGGAGGUGCUGACAGACCCAAAGAUCCAGGCUCUGCUGCUCACUGUGCUGGCCACCCAGGUCAAAUACACCACUGAUGACUUUGACCAGCGAAUUCUGUAUGAGUACUUGGCUGAAGCUAGCGUUGUCUUCCCGAAGGUUUUUCCAGUUGUCCACAACCUGCUGGAUUCCAAGAUCAACACUGUGCUGUCCAUGUGCCAGGACACCAACCUCCUGAAUCCUGUCCAUGGCAUCGUCCAGAGUGUGGUGUACCACGAGGAGUCACCCCCCCAGUACCAGCCCUCCUACUUACAAAGCUUUGGCUUUAAUGGACUUUGGAGAUUUGCCGGACCCUUCUCUAAGCAAACGCAGAUACCUGACUAUGCCGAGCUGAUCGUCAAGUUUCUGGAGGCGUUGAUUGACAGCUACCUGCCAGCAGUUGAUGAGGAGCGAGGGGAAGAGCAGCUAAGGACACCCACCUCCCCCUACCCCCCCACCAGCCAGAGCCAGCUCAGCAUCACUGCCAACCUUAACCUGUCCAACUCCAUGACCUCACUGGCCACCUCGCAACACUCACCAGGUCCCUCUCUCUCUCACACACACACAAACACACCCCCGCAGGCUCCAUCUGCAGCUGAUUUAAGUCAUACUCCAAGACCAGAACAAUGUUUCCGAGAAUCCAAACAUCUAAAGGAGGUACUUUGUGGUAAUUUUCAAAAACCCAAAUGGGAGCUUAGUGAGUGUUCCUCAUAGAUUACCACGUUACUUAAAGUUCUAAUCAUAACUCCGGUUCUUUGAGUAAUAUGAGUGAGAUCAGAGCCUGUCUAUGGAGAGCCUGUUCACUCCCUAUCUCACUCCCUAUUAGCCCCAUUGUACCAACCCAGAAUUUUCCAGAGAGUGGAAGUUCUCCCCUUAUUAGGCAUUCUCUGGUGAGAUGUCUCACUAUGGGAGGAAGCCUCACUGCAGCACUUAUCUUAUUACGCCAAUCCUGAUUGGCUAUGAAUGUGUGUCCAUCCGCACCAGGUAGUGCCACCUACCCUAAAUAGUGUGCGGAUGGCACAGCGUCAUUCAAGAUAAGCAACCUCUUAUCACCUGCCCAGCAGGAAGGGUUGUCGGGUCUCACUCAUAUUACUCAAAGAAUGGGGGUUAUGAUUAUAUUAGAUAAUGUUCGUUUCCAUGUCUCACUAUGGGAUAUGGUAGCUCCCGAAUUGCCUCCACCACCCUGCAGGAGAGUAGGGCUGUCAAUGAAUAUUCUAAAUUAGAAUAUAUAUUCGAUUAGUAAAAAAAAAACAGAAAUUUGAAUAUGAAAAUGUAUACUCUAGAUAGAAUAAGAGAGUUAAAAAAAACGGCGCUACCGCAAAUCGUUCGUGGGCCUGGGCCGCUACUGCCUAAACGUUUAGCUUCCUUACUGAUUGAACCUAGCCUAGUCUCACAUUGCCUGACCUAUCUCCACAGUGAUGUUGAGGAAGCCCAGAAGAGCGAGUGGGUGUGUUGAUGACGUUCUAUCGUGCAGCUGCCGGUACCGGAAAGUAAACAAAGAAGAUGGCACAAAGACGCUUACGUAAAUCUAACUGCAGAGACAACUCUUAUCUAGCCCUUUCUUUUGUCCUGUUCGAGGACGUCUUCCUCGUGUGCCGAACAAGGUGUAGAUCCGCCCAGCAUAGUGUAUUUUAUUUUGAAUAACAGCAAUUUGCACUGUGCUGAAUUGCUGCGGAGCUCUCCGGCAUCCGUCAAAAAUAGAAGUUCUGCAUAUCUGCUCCGGAGGGCUGCGGAUCGCUGGAGCUGGGAUGUAGUCGGAACGCAGCCAUUCUGCAGUCAGUGGAAAUUGGGGGUAAGCAAACUAACCUUGACACGAGAUAUGCUCCGGGUGGGAAGAGGUUUUUGAAUCCCACUGUGCCAUCCGCACACACUGUGGUAGGUGGCACUACCUGGUGCGGACGUACAAGCGUUUACCAGCAAAUCAGGAUUGGCGUAAUGAGAUAAGUGCUUCUGAGGGUCACAGUCACAGUGAAGCGGGAUUUAUGCUUCUGCAUUAAAUCUACGCCGUGAGUACGUAUGUGGGUAUGCGGAGAUACCGACCCUACGCUGGAGCCUGACGUGCACCUCUCUAAAAAUGUAACUAUACGUUGCAGCGAUGCACGUUGCUCAACCAUGGCUUGGUAGCGUUGCAUUCCUGGUUCUCCUUCUCCAUAAACAACAUGAAAUCAAGGAGGUGGUUAACUUUUCCUGCUACAGAUUUCUGACGGUUGUCAGAAAGCACAGGGAAGACACUUUGUUUCUCCCACUAGAGCACCGUGCCUGUCAGCAGCAACUUCUCGCUGCGCCGCCGGUCCCCCGGGGCGGCCUGGACACCGGGAGAGUCCAGUACAGCCUGACUCUGCUAAAAGGGAUACCAUUAACGCUUGCUUCACAGCGGCACAUUCAGAUCCAGUAAAAUCAGCGCCAGCCGCUGUGGAUGAGAGGGAGGCUGGCUGUUGAAAAUCAGGGUGCGACAAAACUUUCUCUAUGUAGGAAAAACCCUGCUUACACUGACAAUAUACCAAUAUUCUCUGACAUGAUGAACAUAAUUUAGAGACGUCGUUCCCAGCUAGUGUAGUUUUAGGGUUCAAAUUGGCCUUUAGACUAACUUAACACCCAUUCUGUUUAUUUAUAUUUAUCGAUUUGCCUGUCAGUGGAUUUCAGUUCUAUUCUGCCGCUUGAAUUUGAUUACCUAAAAUGAAAGAAAAUGGGGAUUUUAAAGUCAUAUAAACAUUACUACAAGAGAGUGAAAUUAGGGCUUGACACAGCUGUUGAAUCUAAUUCCGGCCUGUUUUUACAACGUAACUGUUAAGUUAUAUGUGUCCUUAUAACUAAAUACACACCGAUAGCUACUGUAUUCGGUGUGAACGUUUACUUGAACUUGUGUCACCUCACAAAACAGUCCCUGUCAAACUAUGGUUCCCUUUACUUAUGUACUUACUGUUAUCAGUAACCUGUCAAUAUGCCUGAUUAAAAUAAAUGGGCAAUACAACAGUAAAAAAUGUUGAAGACAAGAAAAGGUGUUUUCAACUUAGGUUUCAAGCCGUAUGGCUCUACUUUCAUGCAUUCUAUUUGGUGUUAUUUAGUGGGUUAGGGUACAACCAAGUUUAAAAUGUUGUUUUAUACUUUGCCAUGUUGUGAGCGCUAGCUUUUUCUUCAUUUCUGCUAUGAGCUGCUUGAAAGAACUGCUACUAUCAACAGAAAUACAAGGCGAGGUGAAUGUGCAGAUCAUACUUUUUGCAGAAAUUCACUUCAAGUAAAGUGAUGAAGUUGAACCCACUCAGAAUAAACUCACGGCCCACUUUUAGACCAUGUCCCACUAGUUAGGGACCACUGAUUUAGGGGAAAGUCAGAGGACAUAUUUGAGUUAGAAUUUUAAUCCUUUCCCGAAAUUAUUAAACAGAUGGUAGCUAAUGGCCUCACUCGUUUGACAUACUGUACAUGUUACACAUACAAGCAUGCUUUUAAAACAAUGUACAACUUUAUCUGUCCUCCCUGUGGUCCUCCAGGUGUUGAUAAGGAAAAUGUCCAGCUGUCCCCCAGCUCUGCUUUGUCCAGCGGGUGUCGCACUCGCCAUGGUUCAGCCAGUCAGGUCCAGAAGCAGCGCAGUGCCGGCAGCUUCAAGAGACC